UUAAAAAUUCAUUCCUCUUCCACUAUAUUUCCAGCACCCCCUCUCUCAUCAUAUCCUUCAGAAUAGUCAAGUAGACAGUGCAGCCCGGUGCACAAAGCGUCCGCUAUACGCAGGGUUCGGGGAAGGGUCAAACCAUAAGAAUCUAUUAUAUGCAAGCUUAUCCUGCAUUUCUGCAAGAGGCAACUCAAGUACACUCAAUCAGUCCAUUUUAAAUAUAUCAAUAGUAAAACCAAAAAGGAAUUAUACAGUUCAAGAACGCAAUUAAAGAGGGAUGGCACACUCUAUUGAGAUUACCCAAAUAGAUCACCGAACUCCACUGCUUCGUCAAGCAACAAAAGACGAGAGAGAAGACGGGAGGAAAGAUGAUUAUUUAAUAGAGAUCAAGGAGCGAUUAAAGUUACAAAGAGAUAAAUCUUUGAAUCAAAUCUUUGAUGAAAGAUUUGAGGAUUUGGACAAUUCAUCUAUCAAAUCCACUACCAUAUUCAAAGUAAAUGCGGCCAUUCGCGAAUCUAACCCAGAUGCUUAUACGCCAAAGAUGAUCUCCAUAGGUCCUUACCAUAAAAAAAAUCAAGAACUUCACUCAAUGGAAAAGUACAAAUUAUUAUGCCUAAGACGGUUUCUCCAACGGAAAGAGGGGCUUGAUGUAGAAAGUUGCAUUGGACAAUUGGAGGAACUAAAGGACGAAGCAAUAAAGUGUUAUGACGAUAUAGACAGUGAUAUUGUUGGCAAAUUUUCGGAAAUGUUGUUACUUGAUGGCUGUUUUGUGGUUGAGUUUAUUCGAGACCCCCUAAUUAUCAACGCGCACUGGAUGGUGUCUCAAGUAUGUCGAGAUUUAUUGCUACUAGAAAACCAACUCCCUUUCUUUGUCCUCGCCAAACUUCAUGACAUGACUAAGCGUCCUGAAGAUCUAGAACCCGACUUCAUACGUAUGGUGAAAUCGACUCUUUGUUAUAUUUCGCCAAGUAAGAUACCUAUGCUCAAAUCAGAAAUUGAUGGUGAUGAAGAAAAAUUCGACCAUUUACUUCAUGUGGUACACAUGUUUUGUCGCCUAUCAGAGAUGACAAAAACUAGCCAAAUCUCGAAUUCUAGCAUCAGAAAGGAAUGUUGCAAUAUUAAAAGAUUUCUUGGAAAGAUCUUGCGACUAUUUAGGUCAAAAGAAAUUUCUACCUCUAAUAUUUGGCAGUCUUGGCAAGCUCCAACUGCAACAGAGCUUUAUGAAGCUGGAGCUAGUUUCAUAAAACUAGGAAGUUUCGAAGCAGAUCUUAUGGAUAGAACAACUAUGUUCGAUAUCAAGUUUGAGAAUGCAGCGAUACAAAUUCCUUGUUUCGUAGUUGGUGAUUCAACGGAGGCCUUUCUGAGAAAUUUGAUAGCUUAUGAGCAACACUCGACUAACUUAUAUCCUAAAUGUUUUUUGGAUUAUGUAGAUAUAAUGGGUCAACUUAUUAAGUCACGUAAAGAUGUGAAUUUGCUACGCCAAAAUGGAAUCAUCCUUAACGGGCUAGCAGAUGACGGAGAAGUGGCUAACAUGUUCAAAAAACUUGGAGAAGGGAUCGUGGUUGUUGCUGACAGCACCUAUUACGAUGAAGCAAGCAUAAAAAUGAGUCAACAUUGCAAAAAGCCGUGGAAUCAAAUUAUGGCAAAUUUGAGGCAAAAUUAUUUUAGUAGUCCUUGGGCAGGAGCUUCAACUGUGGCAGCCGUCAUACUCCUCAUACUCACGGCUAUGCAGACAGUUCUAGCUUUCAGAGAUGGUAUUAAGUAGUGAUCUGCAUUGUUGUAAUAUCAUAAGAUGGUUGAUGAAUAUUGUGAUGACCCGAUAGGUCACUUUGAGUUUUAGCCUUUAUUUUCGUGUUUCAGGAUAUUGACUAGCUCCGUUUAGUGUUCCACGCUUUGAGUGUGCAGUCCGUGUCUUGUUCCGUAAAGUUUUUAUGUGAAAAAUUGAUGAAAAUGUGAAAUUUUGCCUU